GGGUGUACAAGAUGUCCGAUUGUGCAAUGAAAAGGUAGACGCAGACUUGCUACAAUGCCAGAAUCUGACAGGAUAGACGAUACACGUGUCAAAUACUUGGUGGCGGACAGCUUGAAUUCCAAGUACAAACUCGAGAAAUGUUCAACUGAUGUAAAAGUGUCUGAGAAACAACAAAAACAGAGUGUACAGUUGAUACAAGGCAAUGAAAAGGACACAAACUAUAAAACUCUAAUCCUGGAUAAAACAGACAAAUGUUUCAUAAACAACAUAACCGAGAUUGAGAAAUGUUCAACUGAUGAUAUAUUGUCUGAAAAACAACAACAAAAAGGUGUACGAUCAAUUAAAAAAAAUAAAAAGAACAAAAACUGUAAAACACCUAGCAAAGAAAAGAUAGAGAAAUGUUUAGAACACAAUAAGAAACUGGAAGACAGUAACAAAUCUACUGAUGAGAAAAGACAACAAGUAAUAAAACCUGUUCCAUGUGAAGAUAAGAAUACUCAGCAAUACGACAAUAAACUGACUUACGUAGAGAAGUGCAAUCAAAUCAGCCAAGAGUGCACCAGUAUUAGUGAGAGCAAGAAUGGUGAAUUGCGGUCUGCUUUAUCCAUCGGCACAUCACCAUCGGUAAGAUUCACAGACAUGAUUUUAAAGAUUCCUCCAACUCACAUUAAGAUGCAAGUCUCAAAGGAACAACAACUGCAGAUGAAUAUUCCAGAGAAGGCUGAUGCGGAUACAGUGGAAAGGGAGAAAGAUAUGACAUCUGCUGUCAAGGAGAACGACAAUAUUGUCACACCACAUCAUGGAAUGGAGGAUGAAGAAGAAAGUGUAGUCGUUCCUCACAGCACAAGUAGCACUCUGGAGAAUGCUCCGUUAGAAAAACCGUCCAGUUUUUGCUAUAGUGAAGAAAUUUUGCAGAGUGUUAUUCAUGAAGAUUCUGCGGUAGUCAAGGAUAAUGAGCCAACUGUAAAUUCGUCAAGUCAAGCGGACCCAUCAGAGGAUUCGUCUGAAUCACUGGUGUCUGAUGAUGAACCUACCACCGUGGAGGACAUCACAUUCAGUGAAAGUGAGGAACUCUAUGAAGAAAACAAAACAGACGUUGACGCGGAUGGUUCUGAAAUUGGCGGGAUGUUUGUUACUAGUUAUGAAAAAGAGAAGUUUGAUGAAGAAAAUGAGAAAGAAGUUGAUGAUUGUGAGAAACAUAAUGAAGAACAACACUGUAUUGGAAAUGAAGAAGAAGCCCAUGAAAAAAGUGAUGGAUGCCAAAUGAUAGAUGCAAUGGAUUCAAACAAAAUACAGGAGCAAAUCGAGCUGCUCUGUGAUGGGAACAAAAAAAAUGAAAUUAUCAAAUUUCUGGAACAUAAGAAGGAGAAAGGACUAAUUGAAGAACCGGAGUCUAAACGGAAAGAAUGGAUUGAGUGCAUGAAUGAGAAAAACAAAUCUAACAAUACUGUAUCUAAUGAUGCAGUACAAACCUUAAAGAAAAGAAAACAUCGGAAUAGAAAAAGAAAGAAUACAAAGAAAGUGACGACCAGAAAAAUACAAACUGAGUGCAAGCCAGAGUCCAAAACGAAAAUCAAUGGAAACCAAAAACUGCAGAGCAGUAAAGCUUUAGGGAGACAGACUGCAAAGAGUCAUGGCAAAAGAAAUAGGAGUCGUGGUGGAAAGUCUGGAAACGAUGGCACUACAUCUCAAGGACAGAGUUCACUUCCGUCUACAUGUGGUGCAAGGAACAGAACAACUAGUGGUAGAAGUAGUGGUGGUGAUGAUGAAGAUGGUGAUGACAAUGAACGCAGGCCACGUCGCGGUCAAAACAAGGUGCCAGCAGACAAGCUUGAUGAAGAUGGUAGGACUAGAAAAGACAAGGAAUGUGGAGAGGAUGAUAAAGCAGGAGAUGACGUUGGCGGGGCAGGAGAUGAUGUUGACAGGGCGGGAGAUGACGUUGGCGGGGCAGGAGAUGACAAUCCUGUACUUAAUGUAUUAGUAUGUCGACUGCCGACACUCGGAGCAUCCUGUGAAACUCAGCCAUACAGCGUUAGUCCGAGACUUCCCGGUAAUGUGGAACAUUCUACCCAUUUCAAGGAUCAUCUCAAGACUAGUUUCCACCUUACUCAGCGUUGGCUUGACUGCAUCUGCCAAUCAUGUGUCUUUGUUAUGGAUGGUUUCCGCCAUACCGAGCAGUGCCGAUCGACUCAAACACGUUGUGAAAUCUGCAAAUCUGUGUCAGAAGUCUGUCGACUCAGCAUUGAACAGUGUACUGAGAUGUGCAGAUGUACUAUGCCAUUCUGUAAGAAUUUGAGACGAAUUGUACAACUGGUGGACAGUGAGAAUUGGUGGAAUAUCUUGUACAGGUACAUACAUGAAUACCUGCAGAAACAGAAGCAUGGAGCACACCAGAUCAACCCACCUGGUCACAGUGGCAAUAGCAGCUCCCAGUUAGUGUCUAGUAGAUGUGAUCCAAACCAACCACUGAGACGUGGUGCCGUCAACAUGCCUGGAACUCCACUGAAUACAUAUCGCAAUUUGUCUGUUCCGUUGACAGCCAUACCAGAGCUGCAGACACAACCAAUUAUGAAUAAUAAUAAUAAUGUUUGUUCUCACAUUGAGGACAUUCAGCCUGCAAGAGACUUUGAUAAUAUUGCUGCUGUGCAAGCACAUUUGAAUGACCACCCUAUUCUGGAACAAAGGAAUGGUAGUUACCAUCAUGACAAUGGUGGAGACCCACAUCAAAUAUUGGCCAGGGGAUCAACUUCUAAUACAGAGGAUGUUGCAAAUCAGCAGCUUGAUAAUAAAUCUGCAAUGUAUGCUUUUAUUGGAGGCAACGAGGGUACAACGGGCCAUACACUUCCGUCCUUAACAGAUAUUAGAAUAGAAAUGCAAAUUGAUGUUCCUCCAACUAGUCAUAGAGAUCGAUUCAAGUCAUGUAGCGGUGCAGGGCAGCAAGCAACUACUAUGCGACAGGAGCGAUUCCAGUCUGCCGAGCCUCCAAUCACGAUACAUCAUCCAGCUCCGCAUCACAGGCCUGCAUUUGAUAUAGUCGUAUCUUGCAGUGAAUUUAGAAGAUCUGAUGUCCAAAUGUUUUCCUUCAGGUGGGAUAGAUUGUCUCAAGUUCUACGAUCAGGUGGAAGAGUUCCUGAUGAUAAGGAAGGGGCUCCAAUGCAGGAAGGGAUCCUAAUCCAUAAGGGUCUUGAGUGUAAGGAUGGUCGCUACACCCCAGGACGUCACUGGCGAAUAGAGGCACGUAUUGGAAGUGGGAAAUUUGGUGAUUGUCACUUGAUGUGUGAUAUGAGUACACAGUUUAUCUGUGCUGUUAAAAAGUGUGAUUUGAGGGAUUUCACCAACAAUGCUGAAGAAGUCAAUAUCUGGUGUCAGCUAUCUCACUCUGGUAUUCCCGAACUGUAUGGUAUUCUACGCAUUGGAACAGCCAUUUAUUAUUUUAUGAAAUAUAUCCGAGGUAUGAGUGUACGUUCUAUACUUGAGCUGAAACCAACAUAUAUACUACAAGAACAUGACAUACUGGACUUUGCUUAUCAGAUAAGUGAAAUUCUUCUGUAUUUACACAACAAGAGGAUCAGACAUGGUGAUUUGAAAGCUUCUAACAUAAUGGUGGAUGAGCAAGGAUAUUUAUACCUUGUAGACUUUGGCUUCUCUCGCCAGCUCCAAAAAGGACACGCCCACUUCCCGAAAAAUGAAAAUCCACAAGGAACCCCUGUGUACAUGGCUCCAGAGAUUGCCCUAAGUAAUAUUCACAGUCUGAAAGUAGAUAUAUGGGCGUUUGGUUGCUUGAUACUUCACAUGUUGAGUGGACAACCUCCCUGGUCAUCAUUGAAAUUGACUAGAGCUGAGCAAAUCUAUUACGCUAUCGGUAACAAUGAGCCACCUCUUAAUGAGAUUCCACAGGAGUGUUGUGAACCUCUUCGUAAACUUGUAACUUGGUGCUUAAACAGGAAUCCUGCAAACAGGCCAACCGCAAUGCAGUGCUACUAUCAUUGGGCAUUCAACAGGGUGUUUUAUGAACAAGAUAUGCUGCAGAACCUGGAUCAAACUAUUGAUGAUGAGCAGGACUAUGACGAGAGUGUUACCGAAAAGAUUGAUGACAACGUUCUAUCAAUUCCACCAGCACCUGUAAAUGACCCACAAAUUUUAAUUCAGAAGGAGAAGGAGGAGGAGGAGGAGGAUGAUAUCUACUCUGCUGGACCUGUCAAAGACGACGAUGCGAUCCAGCCACCAUUCGUAAACAUAUUAGCUGUGUCUAGAGGUAGCACUGAGGGCACACUAACUCCAUCUUCAUCUUUAGUCCUUUCCCAGGAUCCUGCGCUUCCAUCAUCGCUCACCUCCUCUACUGGAUCUGCUGUUUCUAUGGAGUCCAUCAAUGCAAAGCACCCUGGUUCAGAGAGUAAGCCAUCCAUUUUAGACAGUGAUGAAGGAGCAGUUAUGAACUCUUCAGAUAGUGAUGAUGACCUUAAUUCAGGUGAACACAAGUCAUUUGACAAUGGUGCAGAGAAGCCCCUUCCUGCUGUGCCUCCAGAAAAUGAUGUUCAAGUUCUGUUUGAGAGUGGAGAAUCUUCUCAACCAAGAGAAUCCCAACAUAUUGAACCAAUAGAAACACUCAAUCGGAACAAUGAUUAUGCUUCUGCACUGGUACACAGUACACAUGAAAGUAGUAAAGGAAACCAACCGGCAUCCAAGUCAAUGAUCAAGGCAGAAUUCCAACCACAGCUACAAGCGAAGAUGCACACUGAAGGAACUGAUAAUUGCAAUGCUGGAGCUGAACUGAGAGGUCCAGAUGAAGAAGCUGGUUUUCCCCUUCCAGUAUUGCAAUCAGUUGCCAGACCACCAGUUAACUCUGAUCAUGUCACCAAUGAACUAGCUUCUUUAAUCACUGGCAGUAUUCAGCAUCAAGCGAAAGCAGCUGUUGAAGGGGAACAACCAGGGUCUAUGAGACAGACACCGAAUGAUGUGAUCAAUUCAGAUGAUUGUAGCGGCAUGCAUGCGACUAAUACUACAUACAAUGGUGGUGCAAGUAAUGUCAUCCAACUGAAACCAACACACAGGAAACUAGCACCCAGCUUCUCUGUGAACUACACCCCACGCAAAAAACCUCUUGCUAAGAGAAGCAUCUCCUCCAACCCACUUGAGAAGAAACCGGCAUUACAACAUCAUUACAGUAGUCCAGAUCUCAAUCUGGAAGGAGCCAGCAAUUAUUCAUCAGAAUAUCCAAGAACUAGUUCCAUGGUGUCUGCCACCUCUGCAUCAAGUGAAGAACAAAUACAGGCAGAGUUUGACAGCUUGCAAGCAGAUUUAUUAAAUGAUGUCAUGUACAAAACAAGCCCAGAAGAGCAGCUGGCAUUAUGGGAGCAGUUCAAUACCACUGAGGAAAUAACUACAUUAACAGGAACCCCAAGUUCAGGUAGAGGGACUAUCUCCACCAGUGAGGAAAACUUAUCAGAUAUCUUGCCUCCGCCAUCACCAGAAGAUACUAACCGUUAUACUCCAGGAACUCGAGUAGAUGUCUAUGGUGAAGAUGAUGCGAGUAAAAUAUGUUCUAUUCGAUUAUUGCCAACAAGUACAUACAGAGAAGUGGCCAGAGGAAUAAGUAAAAAGGUAUUUCAACAAACUGCUCUGAGUUCAUUCACACUUACUUCAAAGACUCGUUUAAUCAACCUCCAUGAUGAACUUGGUUCCGGUGAUUUGAAACUGGUUCUUGUGUCAGCUGAUAAUGGUAACCAGUGGAGUUGGCGUCUGCUCAAAGAUGACGAUAGUAUUGAGAGGAAAAAUGAAGAAGACCUGUUUUAUUAG